AUGGCUCCUGGAAAUAAAGACCGACAUCCAAGUCAUACCGGUACAAUUCCUAAAACGAAAGUGCGUAACAAUUGCAAUGUGCCUCAAGAAGCCGUAACACCUACUCGAAGAGAUAUGGCAUCAAAUUUAGUAUCUACCGCCCUAGAUUGGGUGCCAGUAUCAGAAUACAAUCCAAGAAGUAGUAACAGUAAUCAGUCUAGAAAACAAACAAACAAUACAUCGGAUCAAGAUUUUACAGAUUUAGAUAAUUCAGUUGCCUUUGAAAGCGGAUUUGGUAGAUUUGUCCCAGUACGGCCACAACCGAGAGCACUUCCGCUCACAGUCCAGAACAGAGAACACCAUUCUGGAGAUCGUGACAACUUAAAUGAUGAUGCCAGCUCUUCUGGUUCACAUUCCCUUCAUCCUUACGCUCAUCAAAUGCAGAAUGGUUUAAUUCCCCAUUCAAACCAUGCUGCGGCUGCUGUAAUGAUAGUUAAUCCUACAACACCAAACACAGUUGCAGGGAAUAUGCCCCAAACUUUUACUGCUCAAAAUCAGAAUAGAAAGAAUUUUGCCAGGAAUUUGAAUUCAAAUAGACAUCAUUUUGAAGGUAAUAAUAAUUCUAACAACAACACAGCUUCCGUUUCUAACAGUCGAUCAUCCACCAAAGCUGUGAAUAUGAUGAACAAUAUGUAUGACCAAGGACAAGGAAGUUUCAACAAUAUUAAUGAAAAUAAUCAUGUCAAUAGAGAAUCGGCCCGUGCCCUCGGAGAGGCCAUUGUGGCUGUAUGCCCGGAUGCAGCUUCAGUGGAAAGAAGACUCGGCCAAAUUAGGGAAUAUAUUAGAGUAACCUCGUCUCUUGUUGAUACUAUGCGUAACUCUGAAGACGAGGCAUUCGUAGAGCACACCAAACAGGAAUAUGAUGAACUCCUUGAAAUGAUAGAGAAAUUAAAAGAAAGUGAACAGAAAUUAGAAAUACUUCUUCUGGAAAAGAAUUCCGAAGCCUUUAGUGCGUUAGAAGAUCCCCCACAAGCAAUUGCAAGUGAAGAACAAAGUCAGUCGCAAAGGGAAGAUGAAACAAGCGAUGAUACUACACUAAAUUGUUUGAGUGAACCUAAUGUUCCUGCGAAAAAAGUAACAAAUAUAGAAAACGAACAAAUCAAUAAAACAAAUUCCCUCAAAAAGAUUAAUGAAGACAAAAAUGUCAAAAAGAAUUUCGAUCAGUCUGAGACUAGUGGAGUAGAAAUAAAGGAAAUAGAAACACAUUUAGAAGACAUUAAGAAAGAUGACGAAAUCCUUAACGAAAUGUUAAAGAAAAAUAUAAAAUCGUGCACAGAAAAAAUCGCGAUUAUAGAAGAUAUGAAAAGUAUUACUAAAGAUGCGAAUAAUAAUGAUGAAAAGCAAGAUGUGGUAGUACGACCCGUAUCGGUUCAAAGCAAUGGAUCUGCGUACAGCGAGAAUGAGUUGUGGCAAAAUGAGAUAAAGAACAAAAUGGAGAUGUCUCAGAUGCGUUUGAGCGCCUUGAAGCAACAACAGAAGAUGCUGAUUAAAUACCAGGAGGAGGCCAAACAGCAAUUGGAAGAAUUGAAUAAGCAAAGCCAAGAGAUGCAUCAUCCGUCUACAUCACAUGAGAACUUUUCAAAUCCACAGAAUGUGAACGCGAAUUAUGCGAACCCGAACCGUAUGUACGCGACGAAUCAAAUAGGAGUGGCCACAACUCUUCCCCAAGAUGUGUUUUCAAACGAAACACGUUCGAACCAUUCUCAGCACCAGGACGAUCGGUUCUCGAUACGCGAUGGAAAUAUUGCUAGCAGCGAGGAGGCAGGUCACAGAAGUGACGCAGAAGAAGAUGCAGAGGGUGUCUUACAGGAACGAGGACGAAUGUUGCAUAGAAGAUUGCGUGAUCUUCAACUUAAGAAACAGCAUAUGGAGAACUUGGUUACUGAGUUCCAAAAAUUGCAAAUGGCGGCAAGUAUGGGCGUGGCUCAUAAUACCUAUUCCAGUUCAGGUGAAGACAGUGGGGAGGACGAGCCGUCCAGAAAAUGCAACAAGUCUGGUGUCAAUAUGAAGAACGAAGAUCCCUUCAAACUCAUGGAAAUCAAAGCUAUUAAGACGGCCUUACAAAAAACUAAAGAUCUCAUGAGGUCAGUUGAAACAUUUGAAGCGGACCAUUUAUCUGGAACAACAGAAGACACUUUCCAUAUGCCGUCCCAUUCUAAUAAUAUACACGACAACAAGUCAGAAUCGGGCAGCGUGGGUGGAUGGUCCGGGGAAGGCAGCGUCUGUCGGGUUUUGAACUCACUACCGCAUCGGCAUAAGUUCACGAACGAGCACUCCGGACAAAAUCACUCGCAACGGACCCAGAAUCAUGUCCAGAAUCGGCAAAUGCAACCACAGCAAAGCCACGAAGCGAAUAUCAAUUCGCUUCAAGAGUUAGCGCAGGAGUUGCGUAUGGAGACCGAAAAGAUAAUGGGCGAACGAGCUCGCAUCAAGGACCUCGUUACAAAUAAAGGUGCCGAAGCCAACCGAAAGCCGAAGAAAGUGAAUGAGGAAGUCAGUGUGCCCUGCCCUGGGCCUGCUGAAAGGAGGCAGAUGCAACUGAGGGCUCUGCUUGCCGAGAAGCAACGGGAGUUGGAGCUUUUGCUUAAUAAGGAGGUAAUGAAUGUGAGCUCAGAAUCGCCGCAAGUGAAGGCGGAUUCCCGCGCGGUGUCUGUCGCUAAUCAGUCCUACAGUGAGCCUGAAGAAGCCGAAUCAUCGGAACACAUUCAGAUUGAUUCGCAGCAUUCUAGAGAAACUGAAAAUUUCAGAGGUGGCGGCGAUAGCGCGCUCGGCAGCCGUUCAAACACAGCCCCGUCCCAACAUGCGAGUGCAUACUGUAGCGAUACUGACAGUGCUUCAAGAGGCAAGUCUAAUCAACGCAACCGACAGCGUCGACGAACACAAGAUCGCCUUGAAGGCAAUGAGCACUUGCCUCAAAAUAAUUGCGUGAACAAUUCGCGACACGAACCACGUCCGGAACCGAAUAACAUGACGCCGCCAGCUUCACAACACGUUGAUAAUGGUACAAAUAUGCCGUAUCCACACAUGCCGCCGCCAUGUUGGAAUUCUAAAUCUAAUCAGGACAUGCGAGCGAAUCAAUUCACCCAGAACAGUCACUCGCAAACCAUGGAGCGUCUCCUGGGAACGCCACAGAUGACAUUCCCCCCAUCCAUGCCUUUUAAUAUGAUGAUGCCUUUUGGUGGUGUAAUGUGUGGCUGCGCUUGCGGCUGCUCUUGCAGUACUUGGGGCGCUUGGUGUUGGCAACAAAUACUCAUGCAGCAGCGGGAUAUACAUCAUAUGAGGCAGCAGAUCAAUCACUUAGAAGAGCGUUGGCGCGCGGAAACAGCGUCGCACACGCUGAACAACCAAGUUCCGCCCGGAAAUCGAGCCAAUAACUAUUGGGAUAAUUUUAGAAGUUACUCUCGCCAAAAUCUCCUCUCAACAAAUAGCAAGACGAACGCGGACGGUCCAAGUUCCACCAAUCCGCCUCUCGAACGCUCGCAUAACUCAUUGCGAAGAGGCUCCGCCCAGGCCUCGCCGUGUGCCACGCCCAAACGAAACACGAACGACCCUAGAGCGGAAGAGCAAAUGCGAAACUCUCAAGCAAACGUGGCCUACGAGCGAUCUCUGUCUUUCUCAUCCGCCCCAGACGUUCUAAACCUUAACCAGAACGAAGACGCACCCGUUCCGCGCAAUCAGAACGACUCCGCUGCAAACAUCAACAGACAAGAAGCCGCCAAUAGAAACCUCAAUAUUACGAACCCCAUCCCAGAAAUAAUUCAGUCCCAUUCGAAUCUCAAUAAGAAAAAGUCCAGCGCGAAAUUACCCUCCAAAAAUUCUGCCAACAGAAGAAACUAUAACGUGCUGGAUUUCUCCCAAACGAGCAACAUUAAUAUCGCUAGCACCUCCGAAGCCAAUACAACCAGCCAAGAAAUAGCCACCUCGAGACUCUUUGAUAUACUCCGGGAAAGCAUUUACUCGGAGGUCACCACCCUCAUCGGUGUCAACGAAUCUCAUCCAGAUUUCCUAAUACAACUAUUCAAGGAGCUGACGCACAUCAGCUCCGACCGUCUGCGGCAAAGAGUUCUUCAAGCAAUCCGUCAAAUAUCUCAAUACAAUGCGGCUAUAGAGAACCAAAACGAUUCCACCCAAGAGGAAUACUCAAUGGAAGCUGUCACCACGACAUCGACGGAACAUGAUAAUUAUUGUGACGUGCAGAACGGUUUACCGCAGAUCGACAACAGAAUCCUACGGUUCCUAGUCGUAAAGAGUGAGGACAUCUUCACUCCGGAGCUCUUAGAGGCAUUUGCGAAUAUUGUUAUCAAUAAUGCAAAUGACAACAGACAUGCUAAGAAGCUCCUCGAAUCACUCUUGAAAUAUGAAGGGAUGAGGGUUUGCGACGUCUCCACCGACAUAAUAGAGAACUUGCCAGCCAUGAUAGGCGUCGAAGAGGACAAUCACCACAGUGAAAUAUCGGAGCCGAAUUUGCAAGAUGUUGCGGGAUCUUUGAGUCUUUUUGGUUCGAGCGACACUCAGAUGCAUCAGAUGAACGGCUGUCCCUACAGUUGGCCUGGACACGUUCAUAUGGACAUGGAUUCCACAGACACGAACAAUAGUCAAGAAGGGAAAUCCGAUCUUAUAACGUGUUCGGAAAUGCUUAACGGUGAUUUGGCUGAAGCCGACCAAACGUGUCGCUCCGAUGUGAGCGAGAACACCGGAAAUAGACAGGAUGGAGAUGGCGGUAAUGCGGAGGCUCUACCGGAUGUCGUCGACACGGAGGAAGUCACCCCUACAGAGGCGGAAGCAGAAUGGCUCGGACUUGACCGUGUGCCAACAAGGCUGCAUAUGGAAGACAAAUCUGAAAAACAGAAAGGUGAUAUUAAUAAAUCAUAUUGA